AUGCCUGCUUGGAGCUCUUCGAGUUCUUCGAGUUCAUCAGAAUCAUCAGACACAGACGAUUACAGUGUUGUGGUGGAGCACUGUCCGAGAGGGCGAUACGUAAGGUACAACAGUACCAUAGCCAAAGGUGCCACGGAAACAGUUUAUAAGGGGUUCGAUAAGCUUUCUGGUAAAGAAAUCGCUUGGUGUAAGACAACGGAGUUGACAGACGACGAAUUGAUUCACAAAUUAUAUACAUGUACUCUGUUACAGCAGUCACUAGACCAUGAGAAUGUAAUUAAAUGCUACAAAUGUUGGCGAGAUCGUUCAAGUGCUAAAAUCCUUAACAUCAUUACCGAGUCUUUUACCUCCGAUUUGAGAGAUUACAUCGACAAACAUACUCUUGUGCAUAUUAGUACUGCGAUCAAGAUUUGGUGUCGACAGAUUUUAAAUGCGUUGUAUUAUCUUCACAAUCGUACUAUACCGAUGAUUCAUCAUGAUGUCAAGAUUGACAACAUCUUUGUUAUUGGAGAGUUGGGCAUGGUUAAGCUUGGAUAUUUUGGUCACGCAUUUCCAUUUCGACGUGUGAGAAGGGGUACUUGCGAUGCUGGUAUAUCAGAAACUAUGGCACCUGAUGUUUUCGAGCAAGAUUAUACUGAGAAGAUUGAUGUAUACUCGCUUGGGAUGACUGUAUUACAGAUAGUGACUAAGGAAAAGCUGUACAGCGUAUGCAAUGAUAACACGGAAAUGGUUUGCGAAAUGAUUAAGAAUUGUAAACUACCUGCUGCGCUGAAUGAUGUCAGAGACUUAUAUAUUAGGAGAUUCAUUGAUAAGUGUAUAAGUCCUGUUUCUGAGAGACCCGCGACAAUUGAACUUCUGAAGGACGGAUUUCUUGCAAACGGGACGAUGUUCCUGAAAGAUUGA